AUGGACCCCAUAAACGUCUACCGCAUAUUCGAUCCACGCCACAUUAACCGCUUUCGAACCGACGACCUCGAGGCCAUACUCAUUCUCCAUGGAUUCUACCCUUCCCGUGAUGAAAUCCAACAGGCAAAGGAAAAAUACGGUCCUAAAAUCACCAGAACCCAGCUAGAAGACGAGGUGUCUAGAUAUCGCAAAAAGCCACCAAUCGAUGUGGACGCACAUCUCGACGAAAUCAAGGAGCUCCUCAAAGUGGAACUCGGGCACUUCCGAAGGGAGAACCUGGUGAAUCUGUUUGCCAGUCAAAAGGUGCCUAUUCCGGAGGAGAAAGUGAAUGUUCUGCUAAAGGGAAUCUGCAAUAAGGGGAUUAUCGAGUUGCGCAGUAGGCUUUUGACGACGUUUCCUUUUUCUACAGACUAA